CUUGACCGGUUAGCAGCCGCGGCAAUGGCGGCGCGGUCGCCGCCCUCACAGCUCCCUCCGCCCCCGGCGCGACAGUUGGGGCCCUGGUCCCCACGUGUUGGGCGGGGAGCUGUGGCACACGCCGUGCGCAGCGAAACCUCGGGUCUUGAGGGCGCAGCGCGGAGGGGCGUCGUGGACAAAAGCGAUUUACCCUGGCGGGGCGAAGAGGGGUCAGAGGGCCAGCGAGGGCCAGCGGGGACAGCUCCGGCUCAGGCUCCCCUCCUCAGCGCGCCCACGGGGUCCAUGCGGCUAGAGGGCAUCUCGGUAGAGGAGGCGAUGGUGACCCGGACGCAGCUGCUGGAGGAAGAGCUGAGCAGCGUAAAGGAGGAGCUGGCCCUGUGUCAGGCUGAUAAAGAAUUUGUAUGGUCUUUGUGGAAACGCCUCCAGGUGACAAAUCCAGAUGUCACACAAGCAGUCAGUUUGGUUGUGGAAAGAGAAAAACUGAAAUCUGAAGCUAAAGACAGAAAAGUUUUAGAAAUUCUGCAAGUCAAGGAUGCUAAAAUACAAGAAUUGGAACAGAGAGAAUCAGGACUAACCCAGGAAAUAAAUGACCUUGUAAAACGGAAGAUGGCAGUAGAUGAAGAAAAUGCUUUCUUAAGGAAAGAAUUCAGUGACUUGCAAAAGAAAUUUAAAGAUAAAAGUCAAGAAGUUAAGGAGUGUGUGCAGAAUAAGGAAGAGCAAAGCAGGCUGGUUAUAAAAACUCUGAAGGAGGAAAAUGAGAAAUUAAGUACCCACUGCGCUGACCUGCUAAAUGACCUGGAGAAACUGAGGAAGCAGGAAGCACAUUGGAGAAAAGAAAAAUUUAGCAUUGAUGCAAAAGUAAAGGCCUUUGAAGACAAUUUAAUUGAAGCAAGAAAAGAAAUUGAAGUAUCACAGAGUAAAUAUAAUGCACUAUCAUUACAGCUGAAUAAUAAACAGACAGAACUUAUGCAGAAGGAUAUGGAUAUUACCCUGGUCAGGAAGGAGUUGCAGGAGCUACAGAAUCUUUACAAACAGAACAGUGCACAUACAGCACAGCAGGCCGAGCUGAUCCAGCAGCUGCAGGUUCUGAACAUGGACACACAGAAAGUCCUGAGGAACCAGGAAGAUGUUCACACUGCUGAAAGUAUAUCGUAUCAAAAACUUUACAAUGAAUUACAUAUUUGUUUUGAAACCACAAAAUCAAGUGAAGCUAUGCUCCGACAAAGUGUUGUUACUCUUCAGGAUCAACUAUUUCAAAAAGAGCAAGAAAAUGCUAAAUUAAAAGAAAAGCUUCAGCAAUCACAAGAAGCACUCUAUCCUUUAUCUCGAGAAUGUGAUUCAGACCGCUCAGGACAGGUUUCUCAACAGCCAUCUUUAUCGAGCUUAGAAACCUUAAUGGUCUCACAGAAGUCUGAAAUUGAGUAUUUACAGGAGAAACUGAAAAUAGCAAAUGAAAAACUGUCAGAGAACAGAUCUACCAACAAAGGUUCCUCAGACAAGAGCAUCUUGACAAAUACUGAAGGGAAACGUAAGGAACCACCUGUGAAACGUUCAAGGUCUUUGUCCCCAAAGAGCUCUUUUGCAGACUCAGAGGAACUUAAGAAGCUGAGAAAAGCUGAAAGAAAGAUUGAAAACUUAGAGAAGGCACUACAACUAAAGAACCAAGAAAAUGAUGAGCUAAGAGAUGCCCAUGAAAAACGCAAAGAAAGGCUACAGAUGUUACAGACCAACUACAGAGCAGUAAAAGAGCAAUUAAAACAGUGGGAAGAAGGCAGUGGCAUGAUGGAAAUCAGGAAAGUAAAGAGAGUAGAUCCUCAACAACUUCAACAUGAAGAUUCUGAUGCUGUAUGGAAUGAACUGGCCUAUUUCAAAAGGGAGAACCAGGAGCUAAUGAUUCAAAAAAUGAAUCUUCAAGAAGAACUGGAUAAACUUAAAGUACAUAUGUCUGUUGAUAAAGCAACAAUACAAGAAUUGAAUACAUUUAUGGAAGAGAGAAGAGAAGAACAACUCUUUAGACACGAUGAAGAUGAUGGGGUCAAGAAGAGUACUCCAGAGAAGAAUUGGAAAGAAAUGUCGGAGCAGACAUUACAGAAGGUCAUUGAAUUGGAAAAUCGGCUAAAAUCUUUUGAGAAAAGGUCAAGAAAAUUAAAAGAAGGGAAUAAAAAUUUAAUAAAAGAAAAUGAUUUCCUGAAAUCCCUUGUAAAAGAGCUGCAAGAAGAUGCACAGACUAAAGAAAAAGAGCUGGAACAGUUAAAAAAGGGAAGUAAGGGUGCGGAGAAAGACAAAGCUAAACUUGAGGCAAAGAUCAGUGAGCUGGAGAUAGAAGUCGUUUCCCUGAGGAGACAAGUGGCGGAAGCUAACGAGCUGAGAAAUGAAAAUGAAGAGCUGAUGAAUUCAAUGGAGAAAUUACAGCAUUCAGCGGACAAAGCUAAAUCUGAGAUGGCCACCACGGAAGCGCGAUCUGGAUCUGGGCAAUCUGAUUAUAAGACAACCACUACCAAGGUUAAAUUUAAAACAGCCAAGAAAAAGUACUCUGUGGGUCGUUACCACACUGUUCUCAAUCACUCCAUCAAGGUCAUGAGCAAUGUGUUUGAGAACCUCAGCAAGGACGACUGGGAGGACAUGAGUGAAAGCAGUGAUUCUGAAACACAGAACUUACGAAAUUUGGGAACAAUUAUUGUAGAAACAUCCCAGAAAAUAAGUCCAACAGAAGACAGACGAGACCAGAAAGAAAGUGACCAAAGAGAGGACAGCCAAAUGCAAGGAAAAGAAAUAGUACAGAUAUAUCCAAAUGUAGAUGACAAGACCCCAAAGACUUAUUUUCACAAGAAUGCCAAAAAAUCAGCUCUUCAAAAGAAGAAUAGCAGUAUUCAAAAGACUUCACAUACAGCAGGUCCUACCAGAGUUAACAGAGAAAAGUGGAAAAAUAUAACUGCCCAGAAAUCAAAUAGUAAUGUCAUUUUAUUACGAGAACGGAUUGUAUCCUUGCAACAGCAAAACAGCGUGCUUUUGAAUGCCAAAAAAACAGCAGAAUUGGCUGUUAAAGAAUAUAAAGAAGUCAAUGAAAAGCUCCUGCAUCAGCAGCAAGUGUCUGAUCAACGAUUUCAAACAAGCAGACAGACAAUAAAGAAGCUAAAUUCAGAUUUGGCUGAGCUUCGAAAAGAAAAAGAAGAUUUACUAAAGACAGUAGAAUCUUCAUCUGAAAUCACAUGUUUGACUGAAGAAGUUGCCCGGGUAACAGUUCCACGGAUACAGAUUACAUCACUUGGCCCUUCAAGGGGCAUGGAUUUGGAAAUGAAGCAGUUGCAGUGUAAACUAAAGAAUGCAACUAAUGAACUCACUAAACAAUCAUCAAACUUGAAGUCUCUGAAAUUUGAACUUCUAGCAAAAGAAGAACACAUAAAGGAAAUGCAUGAAAAGUAGGUGCUUUAUAUUUUUAUCCAUUGUAUUUGGUGCCACCUAGUGGCAAUUAACUCUAUUAAACACUUCACCCCAAGAAACAAUACCAACAUGUUAAAAUUGUUUUCCUUUCUUAGUUUAUGUUUGAACCUAAAUAAGAUGAAAGUGAGGACAUUAACUGAGGAAUGUUCCAACAAGAAAGUAUCAAUUGAUUCACUAAAGCAAAGACUUAGUGUUGCUGUAAAAGAGAAGUCUCAGUAUGAAGAGAUGUAUCAGCAAACUAAAGAGGAGUUAGAAAAAAAGGAUCUCAAGCUUAAUUUCCUCCUAUCAAAAAUAAACGAGACUGAAUCUGCCAUGGCAGAGAUUGAAACAGCAGCCUCUGAGCGUCUUCAAGGAUUAGCAAUGCAAAGUGAGCAGGCCCUAGAAGGUGCACAGAAGAAAUUGCUACUAGCCAGUGAAAAAGUAGAAGAGUUCACCAUAUUUGUAAAGGCCUUGGUCAGAGAGUUACAAAAUGAUGUCCAUUUGAUUAGGCGACAAAUCAGAGAGCUUAAAAAGAUGCAGAAAAACAGGGAUGCUUAUAAAACCUCAACCCAUAAAGCCCAGACCUUGGCAGCUUCUAUCCUGAACAUUUCACGGUCAGACCUAGAGGAAAUACUGGACACAGAAGAUGAAGCGGAAAUUGAAAGGACAAAGACUGAUGCCGAAAAUGACAAAGAAUGGCUGUUGUACAUUCGUAAACUUCUUGAAGGACAGCUUCCUUUUGCCACAUAUUUACUAGAAGCAAUACUGGAAAAAAUAAAUGAAAAAAAGAGACUAGUUGAAGAAUACUUUACAGUCAUGAAAGAUACUAGAUGAUAUUAUGAUUGAGAACUUUUUUUCAGAUGUGAAAACUAUGCGAUGUGAUCAGAAAAUAUGCACUGCAGUCCUGAUACAGUAUCUGCUCCAACUAUCAAUAGUCAGGGUCAAUACCAAAAUAAGAAGUCUCUGAAACCAAUUAAUUGCUGAACAAGUGAAACUAAUUAAGUGCAUAGCCAUUUAAAAGGAAAUAGUGUAGCAUUUGAUUGUUGAAUACAAAUAUUGCCACAAAUCAAUGCAAACUUGAAAAUGGUUUUCCUUCCAGUACAUUACAAGAAAUUAGAACAAGCUUGGCAUACACAAAUUAUCAGAGGAAAAAAGUUUAAACUGAAGACUUAAUAUUCUGGGUUUUGUAAGAAACUAUACUUUUUACAUAAAGCUGCUGUAAAUGGCUCUAAAUCACCUGAUAAGCAACACAUUUGUAUUAAAAGCAAAUAUAAAGCAAAGGAUUACAACUUAAGAGUGAGCAUUUAAUGAAAUGAAUGGUUCAGUCCAAUUGUAUCUGUUCUCAGUCUACUGGAUUAUAUAGGAGAUACUGUAUUUUCCUAGAACAAUUCAGCAAAAAUAAAAACAUCUUCUCCUUCA